AUACUUUGCAUCUGAUUUUAAAAAUCUUGAUUAAUAAUGCUCAAGACUAUAGUUUGAUUACUUAAAAAUUGGACAAAACAUUUCCCAAAAUCCCCAACUAUGUCCCUUGACCAGGACUCCCCACCACUUCCAUCCUCAAGCAGGGACUGGUUUUUCCCUUCACCAUCCCUCAUCAACCAGCCUCAUCAUCACAUACCUCCCUCGACCUCAAAGCACUAUCGCAGAUUCUCCAGGAUCUCCCAUUCUACAAGUCACCGCGAUUCCAACCCCCUUAAGACGCCGUCGUUCCCCUCUCCCAUCUCCUCCUCCUCCAAUUCCACUCCUUACACUGACCCCACCAAAUAUGCCAGGCCUCGGCGUCCUUUCGCUUUUCCACGUCGUCCUGACAAAUCACGACAACACAGUGACUAUGAGACUCCUUCUGGAGACAAAACAUCUUCCGGAGAGAGACUUGCCGGUUUUCCGGCUCAUCAGGUUAGAGUCCGGUGGCAUAUUGCUAUGUCAGCAGCGAUUAUAAUCACAGCUGUUGCUUCUUUAGUUCACAAGAAUUUCUCUUUGCACAAUGAAGUCAUUGAUUUACAGGACAAUAUCGCAAACUUAAAUUAUAAAUUAAGAACUUGCAAUUUGAUAUCUAAUGUAGAUAGUAUUGAUUUCAGUUCACUGGACAGCAGUGAUCAGCCUAGUAAAGGCUUAAAACAUUUGGCUCUUGUAUCUUCAAUUACACUAUUAUCUAUCCCUGUUUUGAUUAUAAAGUACAUUGACUUUGUAUCAUCUAAAUCAAGAUCAUCAGAUAAUAUUUCAGAAGAAGUUUCUCUUAACAAGCUGAUUGAAUAUCGUGUGGAUGUGUUUUUAUCUGUCCAUCCGUAUGCUAAACCACUGGCAUUGCUGGUUGCUACUUUACUACUUAUAUGUCUUGGUGGCUUGGCGCUUUUUGGUGUGACCGAUGAUGGGUUGGCUGAUUCUCUUUGGUUAUCUUGGACUUAUGUGGCUGAUUCCGGAAACCAUGCUAACUCUGAAGGUAUUGGUCCUAGGCUAGUUUCUGUUUCUAUUAGCUUUGGCGGCAUGCUUAUUUUUGCAAUGAUGCUUGGACUUGUAUCUGAUGCAAUAUCCGAGAAGUUUGAUUCACUACGGAAGGGCAGAAGCGAGGUUGUUGAGCAAAAGCAUACCCUCAUUCUCGGAUGGAGUGAUAAAUUGGGUUCGCUGCUGAACCAGCUGGCUAUAGCCAAUGAGAGUUUGGGUGGAGGGAUUGUGGUAGUGAUGGCUGAACGAGAUAAAGAGGAGAUGGAAAUGGACAUUGCUAAAAUGGAGUUUGAUUUUAGAGGAACUAAAGUCAUAUGCAGAAGUGGGAGCCCUCUGAUUCUUGCUGACCUUAAAAAGGUAUCUGUCUCCAAGGCCCGUGCAAUAAUUGUCCUUGCUGAAGAUGGAAAUGCUGACCAGAGUGAUGCUCGUGCAUUAAGAACAGUCUUAAGUCUAACAGGAGUAAAAGAAGGGCUGAGAGGGCACAUUGUGGUUGAACUCAGUGACCUGGACAAUGAGGUCCUUGUAAAGCUUGUUGGUGGAGAACUUGUUGAAACUGUUGUAGCUCAUGAUGUCAUUGGCCGUUUAAUGAUUCAGUGUGCACGGCAGCCAGGACUUGCACAGAUCUGGGAAGACAUCCUUGGGUUUGAAAAUUGUGAGUUUUACAUCAAAAGAUGGCCCCAGUUGGAUGGAAUGCAAUUUGAGGAUGUGUUAAUCAGUUUUCCUGAUGCCAUACCUUGUGGGGUCAAGGUUGCAUCCUGUGGUGGUAAGAUUAUCCUGAAUCCUGAUGAUACAUAUGUUCUGCAAGAAGGUGAUGAAGUGCUUGUUAUAGCAGAAGACGAUGACACAUAUGCUCCUGCAACAUUACCAACGGUCAAUGAAGCAUCAUUCAUACACAUAUCUCGACCAGCAAGAAAGCCACAGAAGAUUCUACUUUGUGGAUGGAGGAGGGACGUAGAUGAUAUGAUUGUGGUAUUGGAUGCCUUUCUAGCUUUUGGUUCAGAACUUUGGAUGUUCAACGAUGUCCCUGAAAAAGAAAGGGAAAAGAAACUUAUUGACGGUGGUCUGGACCUCACCAGAUUGGUAAAUAUAUCAUUGGUUCAUCGGGAAGGAAAUGCUGUUAUACGGCGUCACCUGGAGAGCCUUCCUUUGGAGUCUUUUGAUUCAAUCUUAAUUUUGGCUGAUGAGUCGGUGGAAGAUUCUGCUAUUCAAGCUGAUUCCAGAUCUCUUGCUACAUUGCUAUUGAUUCGUGAUAUCCAGGCAAAGCGCCUCCCUUAUAGAGAAGCUAUGGCGACCCAAGUUCACAGAGGGAGCUUCUCACAGGGCUCUUGGAUUGGGGAGAUGCAACAAGCUUCAGAUAAGUCUGUAAUAAUCAGUGAAAUUCUGGACCCUAGGACUAAAAAUCUAUUAUCCAUGUCAAAAAUCAGUGACUAUGUUUUAUCAAAUGAGCUUGUCAGCAUGGCAUUAGCCAUGGUUGCAGAGGAUCGACAAAUAAAUGAUGUAUUGGAAGAGCUCUUUGCAGAGGAGGGAAAUGAGAUGCAUAUAAGACAAGCAGAUCUGUACCUUCGUGAAGGCGAGGAAUUGAGCUUCUAUGAAAUACUUUUACGAGCAAGGCAGAGGAGAGAGAUUGUCAUUGGUUACCAAUUAGCUAAUGCCGAAAGAGCUGUCAUCAAUCCUCCAGCCAAAAGUGAAAGAAGGAAGUGGAAACUGAAAGAUGUUUUUGUGGUAAUUGCAGAGAAAGAAUGAACAUUUUUGCUAUCAUCCACACUGAGAAAGGAUAAAAAUCUUAAAUUAGGAUAAUCUGCUGAAGGAAUGGAGGAUUUGCAGGUAUCAUAUUCCUAGUAUAAUACCACCACAAAUGUACAUAUGGCUUGCAAUUUAAUUAAAUCCACAACAUCCAUAUCUUAUCUUUUA